AUGGCGGCAAGUAAAGUAAAAUACCCAUUGGGCUCUCCUCAAGAACAUAUUCCAAUGUGUGAAGCACACAGUCUACCUCUUCAUUUGAUUUGUGAAGAUUGUGAUGAGUUUAUUUGCGCUGUCUGUGCGAAAAUAGCUCACAAAGAUCAUGACUGGAACCCUUUAUCUACAUCAGCUAGCCAAAUACGAAAAGGUCUAAGUCAACUGUUCAGACGGAUUAAGGAAGAUGAACUGCCAAGGAUUGAUGCGAAGAUGGAGAAGAUGUUAAAACAAAUCGCAAAAAAUGAAAAACGUCAUGAAUGUGAGAUAAAAAGGCUACAGAAACACUGGAAUGAACUAAUGUCCAGGCUGGCAGAAAUCAAGGAACGACAAGAACAAACAUUGAAAGACAAUCUGUCAAAAAAGAAUGGACAAGUGAAUCUUGUCCAAUCUCAGCUACUCAGGAAGAAGAACGGUAUAGUUGAUAUCAUGGAAUUCAUGGAGGAAAACAACAGAGCCAUGUCUGAUCUGAGCUUGGUAACCAACCAUAAAGAACUGACACAGCUACUGUCUGACAAUGUCGGUGAUAUCAAUAACUGCGAACAAUCAGUAAGAUACAGUAAAGGGAACAUCAGUGAUGACUUGUUAGAGUCAAUUGCUGGAAAGACUUUGGAUAUAGAUGACGUCAGCGUGACGGAAACAUCCUCUUUUAACUAUGGAGAUGAGCGAAUAGUUUUAUUAAAAGCGUUCAGCGACGAUCUGUGUUAUAUAAGGAAAUUAAAAUCAGAGUACAUUGAAGAAAUCAACAAACAAGGUGAGAAAAUGGAGAAACACAAUAUCUAUCCCACUGAUAUCUGUGUGACUGAUAAAGAUGAAAUUUAUUUCACUGAUUUUACGGACAAUUCUAUCAGGUUCUUAUCCCCAGAAGGAUCUGUUUCCACAGUUGUCAGAACACUUCCUUUGUCGCCGGGAGGAAUCUGUCAGUGUCUAGGUGGUGGAUUUCUGGUGACCCUAAGGGACACUGAAACAGAACUUUAUAAACUGGAGUCCCACAGCAGAAAUUUGCUUAGGCAUAUCUCGUGGACUGGUGACGUCAUCAGUGAGUACGAAUUCCAUGGGGAUGGUCAGACAAGGUUAUUCACUCUGCCAGUCCGUGUUUCGCAGAGCAGCAACACUGACAUCUGCGUUGUGAACUGGACGAGUACUUCCAAAGGUGAAGUGAUAAUUUUGUCCUCUUCUGGUUCUCAAAAGUCCGUGUACCGUGGACAGAACCUGGCAGCGGACUUUAGGCCUACUGAUGUAGCAAGUGACCUCCACUGUAACGUUCUCCUCACUGACCAUUACAACAACUGUGUCCAUUUGCUGAGUCCUGAAGGGAAGUUUCUAAUGUAUCUGAUGACAGAGAAAGAAGGAAAAUUUCCAUAUAGACUAUCUCUGUACAAGUCUACUCUUUGGGUUGGGAAUCAUAAAGGCCUUGUUAGAAUAUAUCAGUACAAAGUGUAG